AGUUUGAGAUGUCAUACUUCCUGUCUGUCCCUCACUCCUCCCUCGCAUGGAUCUAGCCAGCUAGCAGGUUUCCCUGUGUGUCAACCAGCACAUUUAUGGUUUAAUGCUUUUUAUGAACAAGAGCAAAUAAAAAAAUAUCCACUAUGGCAUCUCGAGCAGGUCCGAGAGCAGCGGGCACAGAUGGCAGUGACUUUCAGCACCGAGAGCGGGUUGCCUCACACUACCAGAUGAGCGUUGCCUUGAAGUCUGAAAUCCGUAAACUCAACAUUGUCCAUCUGCUGAUCUGGGUGCUGAUGGCAGCUCAGGUGACAGUGAGCCAGCUGAGCCUGGUGUCCCACAAGGUAGUAGCCUCUCCAUACCAGUGGGAGUACCCCUACCUCCUGAGCAUAGUUCCCACAGUCUUCAGCUUCUUGGCGUUGCCCCGCAACAACAUCAGCUACCUGGUCAUCUCCAUGAUCAGCGCCGGGCUCUUCUGUGUGGCCCCGCUGAUCUACGGCUGCAUGGAGAUGUUCCCUGUUGCACAGCAGCUCUAUCGGCACGGCAAAGCCUACCGCUUCAUCUUCAGCUUCUCUGCCGUGUCGGUCAUGUACCUGGUGAUCAUCAUCGCUGUGCAGGUGCACGGCUGGCAGAUCUACUACAGCAAGAAGCUGCUGGACCAGUGGUUCACCAGCACGCAGGAGAAGAAGAAGAAAUGAGUUCACCUAAAGCAGGCGUGUGGACAAAGAGGAUCUUAAAGCUGAGGUGUUUUUUUGGAAACCAGUCAAUGAACUGGUGGAUUGAACCAGUUAAGACCAAGAGAAGAGACUCCCAAAAGUAUUGCAGUUCUUCAUCAUCUUUUUCUAUAUUUAUAUUUGACGGUGAUAAUAUCAUUGCAGAAAAUCAGUCCCUGGAGUGCUUGUGACUGCUGCCAUCACUCAUUUUACAUUAAUUCUUGUCGCAUUUCAUCAUUGAAAAUAAUAAGCGGUAAAUGUUGUCUGUACCUUGUUUUUUCCAGGUACUGACAGUGUAAACAGAACAGGUGUAACUGGAAGAAGACUGUAAUAACAUGUAAGUUGAUGUUUUGGAAACAAACCAUAAAUAAAUUUGAAUACAAGA